AUGGCUCUGGCCCUCGCUGGGGAUGACGACGAGCUCAGCCAACUGCUGCCGGCGACUGAGUCUGCUGCUGGAGCAUGGUCUAUCAUCGCUGUGCCGUACACCUCACGGGUAUGGAUGCAGCUAGAGGCGGACCGAGACGGCGAGGUUGUGCACCUGCACGACAUCGCCCUUGUGCUCCUCGCCCACGAUCACCAAGCCGCAACCAUCCAAGCUGCCGUCGACUGGAUGCUGACAGCCGAAGGCAUCUCAGCCAUCACUGCAACCGAUGCGUACCGCAAGGGCGCCCUCAAGUAUCACCCCGACAAGAACCCGUCACCCGAGGCCGAGACCAAGUUCAAGGAGAUCUCGGCGGCUUACGAGGUGCUGUCGGACGCCGAGAAGCGCUCAUACUAUGAUGCCACCGGUCGGCUGCCUGGUGAUGAUGGCCCGCCGCCGCAGCCUUCGACAACUGGUGGUAGACCCGCUGCGUCGUUCUUCGCCUCGGGAUCUGGUCCGGGCCCAAUGCCGCCCACUGGCUUCUCUGAUCCAUUUGAUCUGUUUGAACAGGUCUUUGGCGGCGAUGUCUUUGCCGCCAUGGGCGUGUCCCACCCGCCUGCCGCCCCUCGUACCACCUACUCCCACACAUCGUCGACGACCACGUCGUCGUCGCCCAUGCCGUCACACUCUGAUCCGUUUGCCAACUUUGGCACCAUUUUCGGCGGUCCUCCGUUUGCUGGCGGCGGCUUUGGCGGCGGCGGCUUUGGCGGCGGUGGCUUUGGCGGCGGUGGCUUUGGCGGCGGUGGCUUUGGCGGCGGUGGCUUUGGCGGUGGUGGCUUUGGCGGUGGUGGCUUUGGCGGCGGUGGCUUUGGCGCUCCACUCGCCUCGUCGUCAUCGUUCUCGUCGUCUACAACCGGCGGCGGCCGCUCGGUCUCAUCCACCAGCCAGACCAUCAAUGGCCGGACGACCAAGACAACCACCAUCGUUGAGAAUGGCCAGACAACCGUCAUCACCGAGGCUGACGGCGUUCGCACCACCUUUAUCGACGGUGAGGCCGUCUCUUCAGAGGCGAUAUCGAGCCUUCCUUCUUCUUCCUCUCUUGCCACCGCCUCCAACUCCUCGAACAUGCCUUCUGGCUUUUCGUCGUUCUUCGGCUGAUCUCUCGCCUACCCCGGCAUGCCUCCGCUCCGUCUGCCACUCCAAGCUCCUGGCCAA